AAGACUGCCUUCCCAUUAAACUGGCUCUUCCGGUCUCCUCACGAUCUCAGCUGUCAUUAUUAUUUGCAAACAAAGAUCCCGUGCUCGGAUGUUUGCAGCUCCGCCGCCCGUCCACCCCGUUUGUCACUUGAAUCGUGCCGUUACCACCGGUUAAAAUGGGAGAAAACGGCGACACCGAGAUCAUAGAGCAUCACGUUGACGAGGAGAUGGAGAAGAAAAGGAUAUUAUUAAGAAGCCAUGGCUCUUCGUUCAUGGAGAGUGUUACACCGUCGGAGAGGGAUGGACACAGUAGCACGCAGUCUUCCCACAGGCUACUGGCAUACAGUGAUGCGCUCAUCUCAAUCAUAGCCACUGUUAUGAUAUUACCUGUUGCACAUACAAAGGUCCAAGAUAACGAGGAGUUGAAGGAGAGUCUGCAGGUUCUGCUCACCACCAAGAUAGCAGUGUACCUGAUGACCUUCCUCAUAGUGACCGUAGCAUGGGCUGCUCAUAUCAGGUUAUUUCAAGUCAUUGAACGUAUUGAUGACUGCCUUGCACUUCUCAACCUAGCUUGUAUGAUGUUGAUCACCUUUCUACCAUACACAUUCUCCCUCAUGGCAACGUUUCCUGAGAACAUCUUGGGAAUCCUCCUGUUCUGUGCCUGCGUCAUGGUGUUAGGCUUCAUUCAGGCUGUUAUAGUGGUGUACGGCUUCAGCCGUCCGUUCCUGCUCAACGACCAGAUCCAGGUGUCGGAGAACCAGGUGUUCUAUAAACAUCACAUCCUGAAGGUCAUCAUGAGGGUCCCCAUCAUGUGCUUCUUUGCUAGUAUCUUCUCAUUCAUCUUCUUCCAGAUGUCCUAUGUGAUCCUAGCCAUCGUAAUCUUCCUGCCUUACAUCUCCCAGUCUCUAAAAUGGUGCCGCAGCAAAGCUAUCGGCCAGGUGGAGGAGACGCCAGAUUCCAUGAUGUUUUAUACGUACCAUCCAAACGAACCCCUCAGCAAGGAGAGGGUGGAGGCCUUCAGCGAUGGCGUGUUCGCCAUCGUAGCUACUCUUCUCAUCUUAGACAUAUGUGAGGACAAUGUGCCUGACCCAGUGAUGGUCCAGAAACAAUAUGGUGGGAGUCUGGUGGCUGCCCUGCAGAACUACGGUCCAGAAUACCUGGCCUACUUCGGCUCCUUCGCUACUGUGGCUCUCCUCUGGUUUGUCCAUCACUCUCUCUUCCUUCACGUCACCAGGACCACUCGUUUCAUGGGCCUCCUCAACACCUUCUCUCUGGCCUUCGUAGGGGGCCUACCCUUGGCCUACCAGCUGACCCACGAGUUUCCCCGUAACUCCCGCAACGAACUGGAGGCCAUCCAGAUCAGCUGCGUCAUCAUCUUCUUUGCCGGCGUCUUCCAGCUAGCCAUCUGGGUGGCAGCGCUGUUCAGCGAACGCGAGACGCUACACCCGUAUGUGCGUUACGGCGGCCGCGAGCACGCCUUCAUGUUGGCCAAGUUGGCGCUGUACCCGUGCGUGGCCCUGGGGACUUUCUUCCUCACUUGUAUUCUCAGUAAGUUCAGCGCGUCUAUUUUCCACCUGAUGGAGAUUACGGUGCCGUUUGCUUUCCUGUUGCUGAGGCUGCUGGUCAGAGGCGGGCUGGCGCUGCUGCGGCUCAUAUUCUGCCCUGAUGGGCCGGAGACGAGGAGCGCUCUGGAGGAAGAGGAGGAAGAGGAGGCUAGGAUGCCCUUCAAUACCAUGAUCACUUAGUGGUUGUCGUUUGCUCUGGGUCUGUAUUCACAAACGUUGCAGAGUAGGAGUGCUGAUCUCGGCUCAGUUUUGACGUUUAUAUCAUAAUGUGUGUAUAUAAUGAAUAAGAUUAUAUGGACAAGCGGGUACCUGAUCCUAGAUCGGCUUUGUGAAUACAGGCUCUGGACUGGGGACGUGGUCUGUCGGACAGAUGUACAGUAGCUACAGCUGGUCUUGACCCUCUGAAGGGAACGUUUGAGGUUGAUUCCAUUUGAACUGCACAUUCAGUUUGUAUUGAUGAGUAAUUUUCUUUUCAAAUUGGUUACGUAAGUCAAGUUUAAAUGUCAAGUGAAAUGGAAUGGAAUUGGUCCCACGGUAAGGUGGUAGUUAAGGGAAAUGGCACUGAGCCAGAGAAGUGGACAGUACAACCAAUGUAAUUGACAGCCCUCCAUUUUAUAAUUUAUAAUGGUUUAUUGUUUACCGUUGAGAAUCUAGUCUGUUUGUGCCAACAUUAUACUCCAAACAUGUUUGGCAUGACAAGGCACAGGGGUCGUGUUAAGAGUUCAGAAAUCUGCAUUUUAAACCAUUUCAAUAGAGUGAUCAGGGGCGUGCAGCUAUAGUUUUCCUUCACAGUAAAUACAUUAGUCCAACACAUUAACAAAAUAGCUUCAUUUUCAUCAGAUGACAACAGAAGGUGCAAAUGCUAUUUGGCUGGCACUCAAGUAAAUGAGUUUACAAUGAAAAAGCAAGGUAUUUGUUUUUGCUAAAACGACGCAUAGCCAUCAGAUUUCAGUAGAAUGUAACCAGCUCCUAAUGUUUUUUUCUUAAAGUUAAUCAUUGUACCGGAGAAAAGUACUGGAGGAAAGUAGCUACACAGUCAGAGCUCUUGUCUUCUGAUAAAAUUGCCCUUUUGUGAAUUCUCAUCCAAGUAGAGAAGUGCAACUGAAGGACAAAAUGAGACAAUAAGUAGCAUUUUAGAACUGCGUUUCCCAAAACGCAACAAGAUAUUUCUCAUUAAAAAUGAUAUCUUUUUUUUAAAGUCAGUUUAGAACAAAUUCUUAUUUACUCAUGCGUUUUAAAAUAAAAUAAAAUGUUGGUGGGGGGGGCCGUGGUGAACAACGCAGAAUUCUGCAUUAACGUGACCCCUGAGGCAAAGCAGUGAAAUGUUAACAGACUGAAUUUCAGGCUAGUUCAUUUUGGGGGGCGGGGGGGGUUUCAUUCAUUCUGAAUAUUCAUGUCCACUUCCCAACAUGCAGAUAACAUGGAAGUCCUCAUGUGUACUGCCCGUCCAACAUUCACUCACUGCUCAUAUUGACCGAGUUUAAUCACUGUGUAGAAAUUCUACAAAUAGUUUUUUUCUUCUUUUCUAUAACAUGAAACAGUGAGUGAGCAGCAUGAAUCUGACCAACAGGGUAACUUUACUUUUUUCCCGUUCAGAAUACUAUAAUAACCGUCCAAACAGGAUUGUAAUUCACAAUGUGUUGGGUCAGCUCAUAAUAUUAAUAUUGCCCUUCUUAUUUUACACAAUGCAAAAACCUAUGCUGGGCAUUCACUACAAUACUUCUAAAAUCUGAACUUGGCUCACAUUUUCCGAUUAAAAAAAAAAUCCCUUGUCAUAAAUAUUGAAUUCCGCCCCUGUUCACCCCUAGGACGUGGGUGUUCACAUUACACCGUGAUUCUCUAGUUGAUCCUGUCCGGUGUUUUAUCCGUUGUCAUAGAAAAACAUGUCAUAACACAAACAGCUGAUUUUAUUGGAGUGCAGAAAUCGAUGGAGGCGCAGAAUAUGGACUUUAUUAAAUAAAGACAUUAAAUUGAUAGGAAGGCAGAUGUAAUAUUGUUGGAGUUCAUUUUGCAUGGCCCCGGUGCGUGGAGAUUUCACGUUAAGGACCAACGGAACGGUCUAAAAAAAAAAUGAUGAAACGCUGUUCAUCGGGUCAUGUAACACCAACUCAUUUAAAAAAGGCAGCUGUGUUUUCUCCCCAGCUCCACCAAAUCAGGCUCCCCGUCACCUCGGUCCACACCGGGCGUGUUGUUGCGUUCCUCUUCACCGUCUCUUUAGGUCUCACACGCGGCGUUCUCAUUAGCAUCAGACAUUGUCCAUCGCGUCGUAGCACUGCUCAUAUACUACAAGAUGCACGACCAACAUUUUUUUUUUUAAGACAUGUCAGAAAAUUAAAUCGGGAUAGCCGACAAAAAAGGUCUGGGGAACUGAACAGCCAACAUCCGUUGUGUCCUUGACCUCUCAAACGACGAGAAUCCCCGACGUACUGAUGAUCCUAGCCCAAGUUCAUAGGAUUAGCUUUCUUUCUGCUCAGGAGAAGUUACAUUUAUUUGAUUUACAUUUUUAAAUGAAGUUGAAAAAAGUGUUUCAGUUGUGAAUAGCUAUUCUCAUCUGUCCAGACAAUAUGUUUUACUCCUUAGACUAGAUUCAUUUCACAUUACUGGGCCAUGUAAAAUCAAACCAUAGUAUGACACAAUGAAAUGACCAAGACAUGGUUGCAGACAGUGAUUUAUUUACAAUAGAUGUGCAAUGUUACAUUAUAUUGAAAUGUAAAACUUUUUUUUUUUCUUUGCAAUAUUCUGAAUGUGACAUUUCUUUCCCUAUAAAACGGUCAGUGGUCACGGUUAUUGCUGCAAUACUGUUUUGUUGUUGAUGUUGAAAAAGCACUUUAAUUCAGAAUGCUUCAAGUGUUGUCUGCUUUAGAGCUCAAAAAAAGGAAUCAAAUGUUCUCUUUAUGCAAGACAUUAGUUCUGGGUUAUUGGUCAGCUGCUUGAAGUUCUGGGUCCAUGCGUGUUUAAAAUGAGGAGCUGAAACGGAACGAGAAGCUUCACCCAGCUCUCUUUGCAAGCUACUGCUGCUCGUUUUCUCCAUUUCCUUCCCGACAAAUUCUACAGUACCAGUUACGUUUACGUAGAUCUGUCCCAAGAGAUUAAGCUUUAUAAGUGCUGUGUCAAUCACUGCUAACACUGCAAGUCCGUUUUAAAAUCAAUAAACUGCUUUAAAAAGGC